AAAUGGUAUAUUAAAACAAAAAUUUUAAACUAAUUUAAAGUAUAAAAAAGCUUUAAUGAAUAAAAAUUCGACAUCAAAUCACACCCCAGUAUUCCAAAACCAGUUGACUUGUUUUAGUUUUCUGUUUAUGUAUAUCAUUUUUAUAUAUUGUAACAUAAUUGUAUUUUUAUUUAAAAUUUAUAAUCCUAAUUUCAUAUAAAUAUACUGUUCUAUAACAUGGAUUCCGAGUUAGUUGAAAGAAAGCGUUUAAGUAGAGAGUCCAAAUUAGAAAACGCUCCUAAAACAGAUCCUGACGGAGUUUUUGAUGAAGAAGAGGAAGAAGAUGAGGAAUCUAAGAAAAGACGUUUAUUUGAACAACAAAUUGAGUUGCCUCUUUUAGUAUUCUUCCUAACAUUCCUUUUUCCUCCUUUAGGUUUUAUAUUCUUUUUCAUUAAUAGAAGACUAAGUAGAGAGUCUCGUAGGUAUCGUUGGUUUCAAAGGGCUCUUGCUCUCGGUUCAGCUCUAUCGGUUAUUUAUACACUUGGUAUUUGCGUUGCUUUGCAUCACACCGUCCUUUAUAAAAGUCCUAACGAUAUACUAGGGUACGGAUACGAAUAAAUAAUAUAAUGUAAAUGUA